CGUGACUAAAACCCGCCCCUCACACUUAAAUCGGGAUAAAGGCCAGCAUCCCCGACCUCGGCGGACGGGAACAAACGGGCAUGAACGGUUCGGGGUUCUUUAACCCAUGAGGGUAAGUGGGUUGUUUUGGGCCUGCUGGACUGUUUAGGUAGAAAAAGGAAGGGGGGGAAGGGUGGAAUCUCUUUCUUUGCGAAAGAAAAAAAAAAAAAAAACAGUUUGCCGAUUAAAAGUAUAGUGCCUUGGCUGUUUGUUCAUUUACAUUAUGUACAGAAAGAGAAGAAAAAAAGACCAAGACAAUUGAAAACACAGACCUUGUUGCCAAGGUUUGAUCAGUGGGAAAUUUUACGACCAAAAAGACGACGAGAGCCAACAGGACAGAACAACAAGAAGCGACAACACCGACUGACUGUAGAGCAACAACAUACCACUGCAAUUUUACACCACCAAAUCACGAACCUUAUCUAAACACCGAUCGAGCCGGACCUCGACCCUCCCAAUCCGAUAACCCUCUCGAAAAAACAACCAACCAACCAAACCAAAACAAACCAAAACCAAACAACUCUCCCUUCACACACCACCCGACCACCACACCAGCAAACAUGGGCAUGAGCGACGUCUCCCCGCGACCGGGCUACAAGGUGACGCCGUGCCCUGCCAACCUGAUCCCUCGCUACGAGACGGGGAAGCAGGAGGUCCUGUGGAUCGGGUGCUCGGACAGCGGCUUCGAGGAGACCACGGUGCUCGACAUGCCGCUCGAGCAGACGCUCGUGGUGCGCGACAUUGCCAACAUGGCCCUGCCCGAGGACACGGCCGCCGCCAGCGGCGUGCAGUACGCCGUAGACGUCCUCAAGGUCCGCCACGUCGUCGUCUGCGGCCACUACGAGUGCGACGUCGUCAAGGCCGUCGACCACAGGAGGGGUCUGCACGGGCCGUGGUUUAGCAAAAUCCAAGAACUCAGGGCCGUCAGCACACCCGCCCUCCAAGCCGUCGAUCAGGAGCACCGCGACGGCCGCUUCGUCGAGCUCAACGUCGUCGAGCAGAUGAAGCAGAUCCAAAAAUUUCCCGAGAUCAAGCGCGCCAUGGAGGAGAGGGGCCUCAAGAUCCACGGCCUGGUCUACAGUAGGACUUGGAACAAGGCCGUCAAGAUCGAGCUUCCCGGGGAGGAGAAGGACUGGUUGACCAGCUAAAAAAGAAAAAAAAAAGAAGAAAAGGAAAAAAAAAAAAGCAUCUUUGAGUUUCUUUGAGGGUUUAGGAACGAAUAAACUAGAACUUUAUGUUUAUGAGACCCCAGCGUUUUUUUAUGAGAACCCUCGAUAGCGAAGUUUAUAAGCGUGCAAAUGUCAGUUUCAACAAUCAAAGCACAUAACCAAGCAAGCCAAGGGAGACUAACCAAGAAAACCAACAUCGCCCACCCUCUCAC